CCGGGUCUUCCGAGUCCUCCGCGGGCGCCCAGCCCGCCGCACGGAGCCCAUGGAACCGGCGCGGGGCGCGCUCCGUGCGAGCGGCGGGGCCGAGGCGCUGCUGGGCGAGCUGGAGGUGCGGGUCCAGGACGUGGUGAGGGUGAGCUCGUGGUGGGAGCGCCACGGCGUGGACUGCGCCAUCCUCGCGCUCAGCCUCCUUGCCUUGCCACCCGGGUUCCUGUGCCUGCGCUCUGAGAAUCUCCUGGUCUUUGCCCUGGGCGUCACCAUCCUGGGUGUGUGCCACUACACACUCACUGUCAAGGGCAGCCACCUUGCCACUCAUGGUGCCCUCACUGAGUCCAAACGCUGGAGCAAGAUCUGGGUGCUUUUCUUUGUGGAGGUAUGCACGUCCUUCACUGCAGAGCACGCCAAGUACGGACACGUCAAGAUGCACCAUGGCUACACCAACGUGCUGGGCCUGGGGGACUCAAGCACGUGGAGGCUGCCUUGCCUCAACCGCUACGUCUACAUGUUUCUCGCUCCUCUCUUGAUCCCCAUCAUAACCCCACUGGUGGCUGUCGAACGGCUGAGAGAGGUGGAGCUCGGGACAGCCCUGCGGACGCUUGGCCUGAUUUCCCUGGGCCUUUAUUCUCACUACUGGCUGCUGCUGAAUGUGUCUGGCUUCCAGAGCCCCAGCUCAGCCCUGGUCUGCAUGCUCAUCACCAGAUCCCUGCUGGCCCACCCUUACCUUCAUGUCAACAUCUUCCAGCACAUCGGGCUGCCCAUGUUCUCCCGGGACAAGAAGCCCCAACGGAUUCACAUGAUGAGCCUGGGGGUGCUUAACCUGCCCCGGCUGCCCGUGCUGGACUGGGCGUUCGGCCACUCCCUCAUCAGCUGCCAUGUGGAGCACCACCUCUUCCCUAGGCUCUCCGACAACAUGUGCCUGAAGGUGAAGCCCGUGGUGUCCCAGUUCCUCCGUGAGAAGCAGCUGCCGUACAACGAGGACUCUUAUCUGGCUCGCUUCCGGCUGUUUCUCCACCACUACGAGGAGCUCAUGGUGCAGACCCCUCCCAUCACAGAGCUGGUGGGGCUGCAGUGAGGGGCGGGCCGGCGCAGUCACCCCGCUCUCCCUUCCGGGCCCACCCCCGGCUCUCCUGCUUCUCCUGGCCACCCCUGGGGCUGGGAGGGCGCGGGCCCUUGCCCAAUGGGUGUGGCUCGGUUGCCUAGAGUGUGGAGGCGCGGGGUGGGCAGUGAGACGGGGAGCUCAUGCUGGGGGGCCUGGGGGUCACCUGCCCUGCUUGCUUUUCCGGGUUUUGAGGAAUAUCUGGAGGAAAGGAAUAAAGGUGGCUGGGCAUUCCGGUCAGUAUGGACCUCA